AUGGUUUUCUGGUUUGUGUUUCUCAUGCUUAUUGGGUUGGAGACAACCGCAACAGCACAUUCAAUUGGAGUAUGUUAUGGAAGAGUGGCUGACAAUUUACCACCUGCGGAUGAAGUAAUAGACCUUUUCCAAUCAAGUGGUAUUGGAAGAAUGAGAAUAUAUGAUCCUGAUCAUGCAACUUUGCAAACCCUAAGAGGCUCCAACAUAGAACUUGUCAUCGAGACCCGUAACGAAGACAUUAAAUCGAUCGCCAAGAGCGUUUCCGUCGCUACUGAAUGGAUUCAAAUCAAUAUACUAAAGUACUCUCAAGAUGUCAAAUUCAGAUACAUUGUGGUCGGGAACGAGAUAGAUCCUAUUAACGACGAGACAUCGAAUUACGUUCUUCUUGCAAUGCAGAAUAUUUUUACAGCACUCACAUCUUCAAACCUACAGAAUAAAAUCAAGGUUUCAACCGCGAUACAAUUGAACUUGCUGGGAAGUUCCUAUCCUCCAUCUUCAGGAGCAUUUGAUAAAUCUGCAACUCCUUAUAUAACUCCUAUAGUUAAAUUUCUUGUGGAUACCAAAGCACCACUUCUUGCAAAUGUGUACACUUAUUUCAGCUACAUAAGCGAUCCAACUAGUAUCGACAUAUCAUACGCUUUAUUCACUUCUCAAACUGUUCUAAGAGAUGGAAGUAUUGAGUAUCAAAAUCUAUUCGAUGCAACAUUAGGGGCAAUUUAUGCAGCACUUAAGAAAGUUGGUGGUGCUAAUUUGGAAGUAGUGGUAUCAGAAAGUGGAUGGCCUUCAGAUGGUGGUGUUGCUGCAUCAGUUGAGAAUGCACAAACCUAUUAUGAGAAUUUGAUUAAGCAUGUGUCUAAAGGGAAUCCUGCUAGACCUAAUCAACCAUUAGAGACUUAUUUGUUUGCCAUGUUUGAUGAAAAUCAGAAAGGGCCAGCUGCAACGGAAAGACAUUUUGGUUUGUUUAGUCCUGAUAAACAAAUUAAGUAUCAAAUUAGUGAAUUACUUAAGUCUGAUAUUGAUCCUUCUACUUCUGGAAGUUCCUCUUUUACCUUUAAAUUAGAUUUAAUCGAAGAGGACACUUUGUUAGAGAAUGAUUUGUUGUUGGAUAGUGAGGGUAUUAUGGAUAAGAGAAGGGAGGAUACUGCUAGAUUUUGGUUGAAUUUUAGAAUCAAGGAGAACAUGCUUAUUCAAAAAUCGAGGCUAUCUCAUUUAGAUAGAGAUUUUCUUGAGGAUCCCUUUUCGGAUACGGAUAUUAAGGAGGCAGUUUGGGGAUGUGAAGGUACGAAAAGUCCAGGUCCGAAUGGCUUCUACUUUAUGUUCAUUGAGAAAUUUUGGUCAUUUCUUAAGGAAGAUUUCAGGCGUUUUCUUAGAAACUUUCAUGGAGGGGCUUUACUUUCGAAAUUUAUCACUUCAUCAUUUUUGUCACUCAUCCCAAAAUUUUCCAAUCCUUUUGGCUUGGAGGAUUAUAGGCAUAUUUGUAUUGUUAGACAAUUUCUAGAUGAUGUUUUAGUUGCCAAAGAACUUGUGGAUUUCACAACUAAGGAAAAGAAGGAAUGUUUACUCUUUAAGGUGGAUUUUGAGAAGGCUUAUGACAAUUUUAGUUGGAAUUUGUUAAGAAUCAUGCUUCACAAAUUUGAUUUCGGGGAUUUAUGGAUGAAGUGGAGCAACAUGUCGAUUUUGGUAAACGGUAGUCCUACCAAGGAGUUUUUGGUUGAGAAAGGGUUGAGACAAGGAGAUAUGUUAUCUCCUUUUCUUUUCAUUAUUAUGGCGGAAGCAUUGCCUAUUUUUGUUAAGAGGUCUAUGGAGUUUGGAGAUUUUGUAGGGAUCAACAUUAACAAAAAAUUGCGGCAUUGA